AAAAAAUCCCAGCUCCUACGAGAGAACAAAUGAUGUAUCAACUACAAUAUAGGGCAUAAGAUAUUGGAGCACAAAAUCUCUAAAAAUAUAUUAGAAGGGUAUAUACAUAUAUAACUAAAAUCAAUCGACUAAAAAUGUGGCAAAAAAAUCAUUUUUAUCUAACAAAGAUUGGGACUAAAUUUACAGGUCGUUGUACGAGUAAUAUUUUUGUUUUGUCGUUCUCUUACACCGGCCAAAUAAGAGAGAAUGGACACAAAUAAAUACUCGGUCAAUAAAUAAACAAAAAUAAAAAUUGAUCAAUAAAAUAAAUAAUAAGAGGAAAAGAAAAAGAAAAAGAAAAUUCAGAGUGGGCUCUAACUGAACUCUCUCUCUCUCUCUCUCUCUCCCCCUCUCCCUCUCUCUACUCUUCCAAGCAGAUGCACCGAAACCCUCUCGUGACCUUCAAGCAAACCAAAACUCGAAUAUAUGGAACUUCCAACGGUUAGUUCAAAAUUUUCAAAUAAUGGCGGCUUCUUCUGCACCAUUAAAGGUACUCUCUCUGCUCAAACCCAUCUCAAUCUCUCGCUUAUUCAUGUUUUCAUCCAUCAACUUUCACUCUGCAUUAUCAGAAACCCCUAUAAUGGACCAAAUCACAGACGCAUUUCACCAAGGGAACCUCAAACACCUAGACCCUCUUUCUCUCUCUAAACUCCAACCCAACCACGUAGAAUCAAUCCUCUAUCGUCUCCGCUCAAAACCCAGUUCAGCAAUCCAGUUCUUCGAAUGGUCCGAGAAUUAUCUAGGGUUUAAUCACAGUGUUCGGUCUUUCUGUAGUAUUGUACAUGUACUGCUUAGUAAGAGAAUGUUCGAUCAAGCUCGCCAGGUGUUCGAUAAAAGAGUCUGGGUUUUGGGGGAUUAUGACGUUUUCGGUGUGUUUCACGAGGGUUUUAGGAAUUAUGAGUCGAAUCCUACCACUGUUUAUAGCUUCUUAGUCGAAAAUUAUUGUCGAAUUGGGAUGAUUGAUCGGUCUGUUGACAUGUUCUUUCGGAUGUGUAAGAUGGGUAUUUUUCUUAAGCCGUUUGUAAUGUGUACAAUGUUGAGGUCUUUGGUUGAAUUGAAGCAUGUAGAUGUUAUUUUGGAUGUGUGUGGUGAAAUAGGCAAUGGGUUGAGAGAAGAUCAGAGUAGAUGUUUUAAUGUGUAUGAUUUUGUAAUGGAUGCUUUCCUCAAGAAGGGUGAGGUUGAAAUGUGUUUACAUUUUCACAGAGCAAUGAUUCAGAGAGGAUUUGUUCCUAAUGUUGUUGCUUGUAAUAAGAUUAUUCAAAGUCUUUGCCAGCAUAAUAACAUAGGAGUUGCUUCUGAUUUAUUUUCGUUAAUGGUAGAAGUAGGCCCAAACCCGAGUUUGGUGACAUUUAGCACAUUGAUUAAUGCAUAUUGUAAGGAGGUGAGAUUGGAAGAGGCAUUUGAUCUGUAUAAUCUAAUGAUAGCGAAGGGUAUAGUUCCCGAUGUAAUUAUGUACAGUAUUCUCAUUGAUGGGCUUUUCAAGGCUGGGAAGUUGGAGGAGGGACACUGCCUUCUAUCGGCAGCAUUAGAUAGAGGCAUUAAGUUGGAUGUUGUGCUUUUCAGCUCGAUAAUGGAUGCAUAUGUGAGAAUUGGAUAUCUGGAAAAGGGGAUUGAAGUAUAUAGUGUAAUGCUGAAAGAAGGAAUCGAACCAAAUGUGGUUACUUAUAGCAUACUUAUAAAUGGUCUAUGUCAGGAAGAUCGGGUUCUUGAGGCUUGUGGCAUUUUCUGUCAGAUUGUGAAACGUGGUAUUGAGCCAUCUGUUUUAACGUAUAGUUGUCUUAUUCAUGGCUUCUGCAUAUCAGGUCAUUUGAGAGAUGGGUUCGGUUUAUAUGAGGAGAUGGUAAAGAAGGGCCAUGUUCCUGACAUUAUCGUUUACAGUGUGCUGAUAAAUGGUCUUAGCAAGCAAGGGCGGAUAGAUGAUGCUCUUAGUUUCUUUUACCGGGCUGUCAAGAGGGGUUUAAAUCCUAGUGUUUUGACUUUUAAUACCUUGAUUGAUGGCUUUUGUAGAUUGAAACGAAUAAAGGAUGCUAUGAAGCUGUACAUCCAAAUGAGCAUGUAUGAUAUAAUCCCGGAUGUAGUUACUCACACAGUGCUUAUGAAAGGUAUCACCGAGAAAGGGAGACAGGAUGUUGCAUUGAUGCUUUUCUUCCAAAUGUUGAAGAGGGGCUUCUCACUGGAUGUUGUAACAUAUUGCACUCUCAUUAAUGGAUUCUGCAAAGUAAGAAAUCUAGCAGCCGGAUUACAGAUUUUUGAGCUGAUGCUCAAGAAUGGAGUAAGUCCUGAUAUUGACAUAUACAAUGUUCUCGUUAAUAUGUUUUUCAAGGAAGGUUGUUUGAAAAACGCAUUUGAACUGUUCAGGCAGGUUAUUGAAUAUGGACCAAAACCUGAUAUUGUGACUUACAAUACAAUGAUCUGCGGCUACUGUUCUUUGAAAAUGUUGAGUGAGGCAGUUCAACUUUUUGAAACACUGAAAUGUGGACUAACAAAACCAAAUGCCAUGACUUUUACUAUUCUGAUUGAUGCUUUCAGUAAGGAAGGUAGGAUGGAUGAUGCAAUGUCAAUAUUUUCCACAAUGCUGGAAAAAGGCCCGGAACCAAAUGUGUUCACUUAUAGUUGUCUAAUUGAUGGCUACUUUAAGUCCUAUAAUAUGAAAAAUGCAUUUGAUCUUCAUGAAGCGAUGCUCAGGAACAAUAUUUCUCCAAAUGUUGUGAGUUACAGCAUCCUUAUUGAUGGCCUUUGCAAAAGGGGACUAGUGGAGGAAGCGUCGCUUGCCUUUCGUUGUGCGUUGGACAGCCAACUACUGCCUGAUGUAAUAGCAUAUGGGAUUUUGAUUCGUGGUUAUUGCAAGGUUGGACGAUUAGCCGAUGCCAUGAUGCUGUAUGACCGUAUGUUAGGAGACGGCAUCAUGCCAGAUGGUUUAAUACAAAGAACACUUGCAGAGUUUCAACUUCAAAGUAAUCAGGUAAAAGAUUUGUGCUCAAUUGAAAGACCGUAGAGUCAAUCUUUCCUGUUAUGGUUGGUUCGAAAGAAGAAAAAACACCGAUGUUCAACACUCUACUUGCUGUGAAGUCACUGUACCUAUGUGCAAUAUCAUUUAAGACGGUGAUAUUUGUGCAUGUGUAAACUGUAUACCUACAAUUUUUUAUGUAGAUGUAUUGAUCAUAGCCAAGUAUUAUACAAAUUUUUGUGAAGUUGGUAUGAUGAACUGCAAACAACACCAUAUGUUAUGUAUACUUUCUUGGGUAAAAUGAGCGUCUCACAUUACAUGC